GCCGCGUCACGUGACGCGGCCACGGAACCUGAGCUGCCCGGCCUAAGCUGAGCUAAAUUCGUUGCCGGUGGCCGCCGCGGGUGCAACCACAAAGGCUAAUCCGAAAGAGUGGGGAGGCUCGCGGAGUCGAUGCUUCCUCUUCCAAUCCAGGUCGGCUCCCGCUACCUCCUCCCCGUCUGCCACUGCCGACUCCCCGAGCGUGUGCAUGAGCUCUUUGGUGUGGGGAAGCUCCGGUGACCAUGUAGGGGGGAAGAGCGAGGAAGCUCCAGGUGCCCGGGACGAGGUCAGAACCUUGGGCACGCCUCCGCGGCGCCCAGCACACCCCUGGUGCGGGCCGGCGGGCUGCUCGGCCCUGCUGGGCAGCCGGGCCUCCGCCUGUGGCCUGGCCCGGAGCGCAGCGAAAUCUCGCGCCGUCUCGCGAGAGGCGAAGUUGCAGGAACAUGGCGACGUCUAAUCUGUUAAAGAAUAAAGGUUCACUUCAAUUUGAAGACAAAUGGGAUUUCAUGCGCCCGAUUGUUCUGAAGCUUUUACGCCAGGAAUCUGUUACAAAACAGCAGUGGUUUGAUCUGUUUUCGGAUGUGCAUGCGGUCUGUCUCUGGGAUGAUAAAGGUCCAGCAAAAAUUCAUCAGGCUUUAAAAGAAGAUAUUCUUGAGUUUAUCAAGCAAGCACAGGCACGAGUGCUGAGCCAUCAAGAUGAUACAGCUUUGCUAAAGGCAUACAUUGUUGAAUGGCGAAAAUUCUUUACACAGUGCGAUAUUUUGCCGAAGCCUUUUUGUCAGCUGGAGAUUACUUUAAUGGGUAAACAGGGCAGCAAUAAAAAAUCAACUGUAGAAGACAGUAUUGUUCGAAAACUCAUGCUUGAUACAUGGAAUGAGUCCAUUUUUUCAAAUAUAAAAAACAGACUCCAAGAUAGUGCAAUGAAGCUGGUACAUGCAGAAAGAUUAGGAGAAGCUUUUGAUUCUCAGCUGGUCAUUGGAGUAAGAGAAUCCUAUGUUAACCUUUGUUCUAAUCCUGAGGAUAAGCUUCAGAUUUAUAGGGACAAUUUUGAGAAGGCAUACUUGGAUUCAACAGAGAGAUUUUAUAGAACACAGGCACCCUCGUAUUUACAACAAAAUGGUGUACAGAAUUAUAUGAAAUAUGCAGAUGCUAAAUUAAAAGAAGAGGAAAAGCGAGCACUACGUUAUUUAGAAACCAGACGGGAGUGUAACUCUGUUGAAGCACUCAUGGAAUGCUGUGUAAAUGCCCUGGUGACAUCCUUUAAGGAGACUAUCUUAGCAGAGUGCCAAGGCAUGAUCAAGCGAAAUGAAACUGAAAAAUUACAUUUGAUGUUUUCGCUGAUGGACAAAGUUCCCAAUGGGAUAGAGCCCAUGUUGAAGGACUUGGAGGAACAUAUUGUGAGUGCCGGCCUGGCAGAUAUGGUAGCAGCUGCUGAAACUAUUACUACCGAUUCUGAGAAAUACGUUGAACAGUUACUUACAUUAUUUAAUAGAUUUAGUAAACUCGUCAAAGAAGCUUUUCAAGAUGAUCCGCGAUUUCUUACUGCAAGAGAUAAGGCAUAUAAAGCAGUUGUUAAUGAUGCUACCAUAUUUAAACUUGAAUUACCUUUGAAGCAGAAAGGGGUGGGAUUAAAAACUCAGCCUGAAUCAAAAUGCCCCGAGUUGCUUGCCAAUUACUGUGACAUGUUGCUAAGAAAAACACCGUUAAGCAAAAAACUAACCUCCGAAGAGAUUGAAGCAAAACUUAAAGAAGUGCUGCUGGUACUUAAAUAUGUACAAAAUAAAGAUGUUUUUAUGAGAUACCACAAAGCUCAUUUGACACGACGUCUUAUAUUAGACAUUUCUGCUGAUAGUGAAAUUGAAGAGAAUAUGGUAGAGUGGCUACGAGAAGUUGGUAUGCCAGCAGAUUAUGUAAACAAGCUUGCUAGAAUGUUUCAGGACAUAAAAGUAUCUGAAGAUUUGAACCAAGCUUUUAAGGAAAUGCACAAAAACAAUAAAUUGGCUUUACCAGCUGAUUCAGUUAAUAUAAAAAUUCUGAAUGCUGGGGCCUGGUCAAGGAGCUCUGAGAAAGUCUUCGUCUCACUUCCUACUGAACUGGAGGAUUUGAUACCUGAAGUAGAAGAAUUCUACAAAAAAAAUCAUAGUGGUCGAAAAUUACAUUGGCAUCAUCUCAUGUCAAAUGGAAUUAUAACAUUUAAGAAUGAAGUAGGUCAAUAUGAUUUGGAGGUCACAACGUUUCAACUGGCUGUGUUGUUUGCAUGGAACCAAAGACCCAGAGAGAAAAUCAGCUUUGAAAAUCUAAAACUUGCAACUGAACUCCCUGAUGCUGAGCUUAGAAGGACUUUAUGGUCUUUAGUAGCUUUCCCAAAGCUCAAGCGGCAAGUUCUAUUAUAUGAACCUCAAGUCAACUCACCCAAAGACUUCACGGAAGGCACCCUCUUCUCAGUGAACCAGGAGUUCAGUUUAAUAAAAAAUGCUAAAGUUCAGAAAAGGGGUAAAAUCAACUUGAUUGGACGCUUGCAGCUCACUACAGAAAGGAUGAGAGAAGAAGAGAAUGAAGGAAUAGUUCAACUAAGAAUACUUAGAACCCAGGAAGCUAUCAUACAAAUAAUGAAGAUGAGAAAGAAAAUUAGUAACGCUCAGCUGCAGACUGAAUUAGUAGAAAUUUUGAAAAACAUGUUUUUGCCACAAAAGAAAAUGAUAAAAGAGCAAAUAGAGUGGCUAAUAGAGCACAAAUACAUCCGAAGAGACGAGUCCGACAUCAACACUUUCAUAUACAUGGCGUAAUCUUGAAUAUUGUGGACAACAUUAAGAACCCAAAUUUCAGAGUGCUUGGGCAGAAAGUUAUAACAGUUUGUGCUGGAGGAAGGUUUAUUUGGACUUUGAUUACAUAAAUAUUAAAAUCUCUGCCUUACCUGACAAAACGACUCUAUUUUGCCAGUCACAUUAGCUAGCAUGAUGGCACCCCUUCAUGUUGCACUCUGUAACAGCAUGCUGUUUUGUAGAGAAACUUGCAUUCAUGAAGAGCCCCCGAUGAACUUGUAAAAGUAAACUUGGUUUCUAUCCACCGGAAGAAAUAGUUGGGAAGGGUGAGGGCGGGGUUCUUGUUGCUUUUUUUUUCCCCCCUCUUUUUUUUUCCCUCUCUUACAAAAAUGUACUUGCGCAAGGAAGGAUCUUCAGAUAUUCGUGCACUGAAUAAUGCUGUUAUGUUUUGUUUUUUAAAAUGCAAUUAAAAUUAGAAAUAGCACUCUUGGUUUCUUUUGAUCAAAAGAGGGAGCUGGUCUACACAACGUUGGGGGAGGGCAGAUGUAGGUGAGAAGAUAAGUAUUUAAUAGUAUAACACUAUUUGUUCAUGCCCUGCUUCAGUGUAGUAACUGGAUUUAAUAGUGACCUGAAAAUGAUACCAGAUUUUUCCAAUUUACCUAUGUUGGCUUUCUUUAAGCAGGAGACUGCUACUUCAGUUGUUUGUUGUCAAAUAAGGAGUUUUAAAAUCUUAUGUGGCUGGAGAGCUUGUUUUGAAAAACUGAAGCUUAUAUUAAUUGGUUGCUCCAAUUGCUUAAAAAAAAAAAAGUGUGGAGAUAGGUCAUUUCAGCUGCAGAGUCGAAAUAGCAAAACAGAUGUUAAGUGUGUUCACUAACACACUUAAUGUUUGUAUACCUAAUUUUAUUAUGCCAAAUUUAUUAUCUCCAAAUUUAUUAAAAACAAGGCAGAGAUCUACUCUCAUAUAAUACAGUUACGUACCUGAUCUCUUGAUCUGUAGCAUAGAAAUAGUUCAUCUGAUGUAUAGCCUCAGGUUUCUGGAAAGGAAGACAUUCUGUUUUAGAAAGGAGCGAGUGUCCGCUUCGGAGGGGGAGGACAGGAACCACAACACAAGGCCUGAAAAGUAUAAGCAGAAUUGUUGCAGUCCUAAUACGAGCAGGAAACUUGCCAAAUAUAUGUACAUAUAUAGUUCUAUAUUUUAAAAAUAAACGUUUUUAAAAUGUUCAGAAGGCAACACUUACCCUGUUCCUUUCAGUCGAUCCAAAGUAGCAACUUCCUGGUUGCCAGCAAGUGAAUGCCCAGAGGGCUGCGGAGCGCAGGGCUGGAGGACACGGGCAGCUCAGCAGAGAAAAGCGCAUUCCCCGUGGGCAAAGAGUGGCUCCAUGGACUUUUAUUCAUUAUGCUGCAUGUUCCAAGUUUUUUGGCAAAUACUUUUCUAUCUUGUUUGAUACUAAGUCAUACUUUAAACCUCUGAUUUUGGAAAUAGUAGGAAGCGGAGGCUGAUCUUUGGAAGGUGCGCGGUAGACAGUAUUAUGCAAGGUGCUUCCGGGAGCGUUCCGUGGAAUCUGUCCCCAGUCCCAAGAGGGGUUGUGAGCCGCCUGCCGAAAGGAAGGAGCGCAAAUUCCAAACAUCGAAGGUGUCGCUGGAUACAUUCACAUGCCUGUCCUGAAACUCAUAGGAAGUUGGAAUUCUGUUUCUAAUUUAAAAUCGUGCAUUCAGCUCUGGGGGCAGCAUGUGUCUGUUGUCAGACCGAGUGUAUCGUGGUGAAUUAAACUAAACUGAUGACUGCGGACGACGGAUGCAUUUGAAAUUAAAAGAAAAAAUAAUUUGUAAUAAUUGUGGCCCUCACAUUUUACAAAUAGUUCAGGAUCAGGCAUCUUUGCUUGUCCCAUGUAAGAAUGCCCAUGGGAAAACAGUAGAAGGGAGAACUACAGGUCAUUUUUUUUUAAGUUUCAGAUUUGUUGCUUUAAACUAUAAUUGUUCUAUAAUUGUUCUCAGAACGUGCUUGGAAUUUCUCAUCUUUUUGGUCAUUUAAUUUAAGAAUGAGAGCCAUGAUGUUUUGAUUUAUAAAGGAAAAUUUAAUGCAAAAGUGGGUAAUUCUAAAUCCAUGGCAAAGUUUUCUAUUAAAUUUUAUAAAUUUUUAAAUAGCUAAUUAUGUCCUAAUUGUAUUUUGGGAAAUUGAACAGCAGCAAAUAUUGUAGACUUAACAGUUUUGAUCUUUUUCUUUUUUCUUUUUGUUAUGUAUAAAAAAGUUUAACCACUUUUUGAUGUUUAUGAAAACAAUUUAGUUGACAAGGUGCCUAUACCAUUGUUAAGUUUUCUUUAAAUGUGUCUUGACAGUAGAUUUGCUAAUUAAAAAAAAAAAAAGAAUCUGAUAAAAAACCUUACCAGCAAUUAGCAAAAGGUAUAGAAUCACAAUUAGUAUCCUUUAUGAGGUCCCUUCUCUCUGGUUGCACUUAGCAGUGGUGCUGUCUGAGCAGGGAUGAACACUGACAUGGUUCGGGGAGAAGAAUCCAGGCCACCAGGAGUAGGGCAAUGGGACGCACCACAGGUUAAUUUAAGCUGUGAACACUAAUGUAAAAGAUGGAGCCAUCUGGAAAAUGCCAACCUUUGUUGUCCUCUUUGCCAGAGUAAGUAGAUAUGAAGCAAAACUUACAAAGUAAAAAGAGCAAUUUUAAGGCUUACAAUGAGAUAAAUAUUAGGACAUUAGGGUUCCAGUGAUUUAAUGAGGAUCUUGAAAUAAAUUAUGAAGUCUUCCAAUUUUUACAUUUAUUGGUGGGGUCCCUUGCAUUGUCAACCUGUUUAAGUCUCUUACGCUUAUUUUGUGCAUAAAUGUUACAGUUUCCAAAAAUGAAAUGUUAGCUUUCUUGUUUUUACUUUUUAUUGAAUUUAAUAUAAAAUAUGACCAGAGUAGUUACAAAGUAUUUUGCAUUAUUUGCGGUAGGAUGUCAUUAGCCUGGCUCACAGGGCAAAUUUUAAAAAUUCAAUUUGGGUGAAAGAUUUGCUAGUUUUCCAGAAAGAUUUGCUAUCUUAAACUCAAGCUGGUUUUUUCUAUUUUCAUGUAAAUGACUGGGAUGCUAUCUUAUAAACUCUUCCAAGGUCAUGUUUGUGAAAUCCACAUUACAUGAGAGCUUUCCUGUCAUCUACACUAUCUAUGUCGUCUGGAGUGUUGAACAAAUUUGCGUUCCUAAGUUGUACUCUAUCUUCGUAUGGUAUAUACGAUUUUGAAUGUGUGCCACUACAUACUGAGAUGAUAAUGCUGUACAAUUUUAAAUGGUAGCAGUUUCUGUAUGCAGUAGGCUGAAAUAUUUUGAUGAACUGCUUAAUUUUUGGAUUUUAUUUUUUAAGUUGUAUAAUUUAUUUUCUUGCAAAAUAAAAAUGUAAUAUAAAAGCUUUCACCUA